AUGGAGAUACGGUCUACUCCGAUCCUGGAGAUCAGUGUAAACGACACUGCGCAGCCAUCGCGGAUAUUUACACCGGACUCCAGUACCAUGGGCCUUCCGUGCAGCUGCAUGUCGACAGGCUACUUGACGUCGACGCGCGUCCAAUCGAUCCAAAACAACUAUCAGCUAGCUACGCUCCUGAUCACUGUCACCGACGCCACGAGAAGACUCUUGCUCAACGUCGACAGCAUGGCUAAACCGACGAGCCCUGGCUCCACCAGCAAUGUCAUGGAACCUCAAGCGAUGUUACUUCCAGCCAUCUCGGGGCAUCAGAAGAGGUUGUACGUACGCAGGAUGUUGAGAGUCGAAGUUCUAGGGUCCCCAAUAGACGAGCACAACGGUACCUUGUUCGGUAUCAUCAGGUCCUGGGAAUCCAGACAAGACAAAUGGCAUCAGAGCCCGGAGUUCUACGAGGAGCAGGUUAAGAUGUAUGGACAUCAAGAUACUGUUAAUCGCGACACGAAUAAACAUUGCAGGAAUUGCUACAGACUCAUUCAGCAGGUCAAACAGGCAGUCUGCCGGAUUGACGUCUAA